GUUUGCUAUUUUUUGUGAUUAAUACCCACUUUUUUUUUUUAUUUGAGGAAUCUUAAUUUACCUUAGCUCACGGUGAGCAGUUUUUUUGUUUAUUUUUCUUCCGUCGUCCGUCCCAAAAACCAGAGAUCAAUUUAGGUAAGAAAUUAUAUUACCAUUCUUUUAUUUCAUUUUCAACAUUUCACACGCGCUUAUGUCAAGGACGUCUGGCAACAUGAUCAACGAAGAAGUCGUUCAAAUUACGAACCUUUUGGAGCGCACUAUUUCCAACGACAAAGAAGAAUUAAAUCAAAUACAGAAGUUCUUAGAACAUGCAGCGCAAACAAAUCUACCAGGUUUUCUCAAAACUUUAUCUAAUGUUCUACUGUAUUCGGUUAACAACCCAGUCGCUCGUAUUGCUGCUGGCCUUCAAAUCAAAAAUCACAUUACAUCGAAAGAUGAAGCCGUUAAAAUUCAAAUGAAACAGCGAUGGUUAUCUUUCACCGAACAAGACCGUAUAUUUAUUAAAGAAAAUAUAUUUAAAGCGCUUGGUACAGAAAGUCGGCCUAGUUCCGCUGCGCAGUGUGUUGCUAAUGUUGCUAUCAUUGAAUUACCAUUAAAUCUUUGGCCUGGUCUUAUUGCUUCAUUAGCUACGAAUGUUACCGACCCAAAUUCUACUGAUGUUCUCAGAGAAGCUUCUCUAGAAUCUAUUGGAUAUAUAUGUGCAGAGACCGAUCGCGAUGUUUUGAAAACUGAAUCCAAUACAGUGCUUACAGCCAUUGUGCAUGGAAUGACACAACCAAAUAGUCAUGUUUGUUUAGCUGCCACUACUGCUCUUUAUAAUUCUUUGGAAUUCACCAAAGGCAAUUUUGAAAAGAAAAAUGAACGUGAUUACAUCAUGGAAGUCGUUUGUAAAGCUACACAGUCUACUGAUACUCCGAUUAAGGUUGCUUCACUCCAAUGUCUUGUUAAAAUUGUUUCUUUAUAUUAUGAACACAUGGAACUGUAUAUGACAACACUGUUUCCAAUUACUCUACAUGCAAUUAAAUCUGAAUUAGAUGAAGAAGCACUUCAAGGUAUUGAAUUUUGGUCUAGUAUUGCUGAAGAAGAGGCAGAAAUUGUAUAUGAACGACAAUGUCAAGAACAGUCUGAUAAAAAACUUAUGUUGUACGCUGAAGGUGCAUUGGAAUUCAUAAUACCUGUUCUAAUGGAAAAACUUACUAAACAAGAAGAAGGUGAUGAUGAUGAUGAUUGGAAUCCAUGUAAAUCAGCCGGUGUUUGUAUAAUGUUAUUAUCUACUUGUUGUCAGAGCAAUAUAGUUCCGCAUGUAAUUCCAUUUAUAAACGAAAAUAUUACCAAUCCAGAUUGGCGUUACAGAGAUGCUUCAGUUAUGACACUUGGUUCGAUUCUUGGUGGACUAGAUCCAAAUGCACUAAAAAGUUUAUUAGAACCCAAUAUUCCAGUUCUUAUACAUUUGAUGUACGACGCUAGCAUUGCUGUUCAAGAUACAUCGGCGUGGACAUUUGGUCGUAUAUUUGAAUUUGUACCAGAUUUAAUCAUUAAUUCACCUUGUUUGAGCGAUGUAUUAGGAGUUUUCAUAAAAGGUCUUAAGUCAGAACCUCGUGUAGCCACAAAUAUUUGCUGGGCUUUUAGCAGUCUCGCCCAAGCUACAGGAGAAGAUAUGAAUGUUUUAACUCCAUAUUUUGAUUAUAUCAUUCAAGGUCUGCUUGAAACCACAGAAAGAGGUGAUGGUAUGAGAUCAAACUUAAGGUCUGCUGCAUAUGAAGCUCUUAUGGAUAUGAUUAAGUGUUCACCAGCUGAUUGUUAUGAAACUGUUAAAAAUACAACAUUAAUCAUACUCACUAGACUGAAUCAAAUAAUCAAUUUACAAACAAUGAAUGAAGAUUGUAUAGACAUGCAAGGACUAUUGUGUGCAACAUUACAAAGUGUCAUAAGAAAAAUGAGUGGUCAAGAUGUAGAAAAAAUCGCCGAUGCCAUAAUGAAUGCUCUUUUAGUUAUGCUGAGUACGAGUAAAGACAGUGGUUUACAAGAAGACGCAUUAAUGGCCAUAAGUCCACUGGUCGAAAAUCUUGGAAAAGGAUUUAACAAAUAUAUGGAAUAUUUCAAAACAUAUCUAUUUAUUGGUUUACAAAACAAUAUGGAAUUCCAGGUGUGUUUAGCAGCUAUAGGUUUAGUAGGUGACUUGUCCCGAGCCCUUCGCGAAGAUUUGGCUCCACAUUGUGAUCAAAUAUUCGCUUUGCUCUUUGAAACUUUACGAAACAAUACCGUUAAUCGAAACUUGAAACCACAAAUCUUAUCCACAUUUGGAGAUAUAGCACUUGGAAUCGGAUCAGAGUUUAAAAAGUACUUGGAACACGUAUUGAAUGCAUUAGUUCAAGUAGCUCAACUUCAAUUGGAUCCUAAUGAUGCAGAAAUCGUCGAUUACUUAAAUGAACUUCGUGAAGGAGUAUUGGCUGCUUAUGUUGGCAUUGUUCAAGGCUUAAAAGGUGAAGGAUACACACCAAAUCAAGAUGUUUAUUUAUUAGAAGCUCACUUACCAUUUAUGGUUCAAUAUAUGAUAUCUAUCUGCUCCGAUCCCAACGCACAUCCAGGUAUAUUAAAGAGUUGCUGUGGUCUUGUUGGAGACUUGUGCACUGCUUUUGGUGCAAAAGCAUGCCCAGUACUAGACAACGGACAGGUGCAUGAACUUUUAUACAAAGGCCGUCAGUCCGCAGAUGUAUCUGCAAAAAGUCUAGCUCGCUGGUCAGCAAAAGAACUUCAAAAAAUCAAGACCCUCGCAAUGUAAAAUUCAUUUUGAUUUUAAACGUGAGACUCUAUCGAUCGUUUGUCUUCUCGUAUGAUUGUCUUUAUUUAGUGCCUAUGUAAUUAAAUAGUAUAAAUGGAACCAAAACGUGUCUGUGAUUUUGUAUAACUGUAUGAGUAAAUGCGCUACUCUGUAUUCGUAUUCCUACUAGUGUACGGAUUUUAAAGUUAAGUGAGAAAUUUUUUUUUAAUUUACAUUAGUUUACAAUGAUUGAGCUCAUUUACUCGGCUCGUAUGACUGACUGAUUAUCAAAUAAUAUUUGUUAAAUAUUUAACUUGUAAAUAAUAUUUGUUUUAUAAAAUGAAAAAACUUAAAAGUUGUUUCUGAGUGUCUGUUUUGUUCCGAGUGCGUAUUUUUGUAUGAAUGCAAUAUAUUUAUUUAUUUUUAGGAAUUUCGUAUUUGUUUCCAAUGCCUGUCCGUCUGUCAUUGAAUAAUGAUUAAACAUUUAAUUCAUUGAAUGGAAUUUUUCAUGAAUAAUAAUUUAAAAAAAAAAAGUAAAAAUGAAAUACGUUUAUAUUAUUUAUUGUAGAAUAAAAAAUUAUUAUUUUCUACUGUAACUCAAAAUUUAGUUGUUUUUCUUAUAUAAAUAGUUUUUGUUUUUAACAAUGAUUCUAAUUAUUCAAAAUUGUAUUUUGAUUAUUAAUGUUCAUGUGUAUCACAUCAAAUGUUUCUUUGGAAUUAAUUUGACUUCAAAAUUUGUAAUACUAUAUAAAA